UUCAGGAGGAGAACUCUAGUUGCCAUUGGCACUCGUGAUUUGGAUACGUUACAAGGUCCUUUCACAUAUGAGGUACCCUAACAAUAGAUGAUGUGUCAAGGUCGCACCAAAUCCUCCCCAGAAACGGACUUCAAAACCUAAAAUAUUCUCUAACGGCUACGAAUUCCCUCUAUAAAACAUCUAAAAAUCUUCUCUCAUACCUCAAAUCUUUCACACUCUCUCCUUUCUGAAUAUUUCACACAUAUCUUCUCUUGUACAAUUACUAUUUUUUCCUCAGUCUCUCAAUGGGUGGUAAAAAGGGUGGAUCCGGCGGAAGCAGCUUCAAUUCAGAAAAGAACAGUGCACCUAAUAUCAACAUAGUGGAGAUGAAAAACAAUGUAGACAAAUUGCUAGAAAAGAUGGAAGGGUUGAGUGAAUCAUUGGAUCAAUUUAAGGAGGAUGCAUCAACUGAGAGUAAUAGAGUAGAUAAACUGGUUGAGGAUGAGAAUACUGGAUUGUCCAAUCUUGUUGAAGAUAUAACCACGGACAUUCGAAAGGAAUUGCAAGCCGUGAGAACCACUGCAAACAAUGUCGAGACUCUGCUGCAUACUUUGGCAAGAGGCUUAAUGGAUGUUGGGAAUAUCAUCGUCAAGGCUCCCGGUUAUGUGGCGAAAACCGUCGUGAAUGCUCAAACAACAACAAAUCUUGAGGCCGAAUUGAAAGAAGAUAAGGAAAUUCUGAGGAAGGCUACAAAGGAAAUAGUUGAUGCAUACAAAAAGCUAAUAGAUCGCCUUGAUACAGCACACAACAAUUCAAUAGUGAUCUUAACCCUUUUAUUCGCCCUUAGUGUCUUCUUUUACAGCCAUAGUCUUCCAGCAGGAACCAGAAUGAAGCCCGUUGAGUUUUCUGGAAGAGUGUCAAUAGUCAUCCUAUCUGCAGCAGUUUGUAUGUGUUAUCUAUGGCUCCAGUAUCAAAAGAUUUGUAACAUUGGUUUACAACUAAGGGCUCUGAAUGGACGUUUCCAAGACUACACCAACGUCUUCACUUCCCUUUCAGAAUCCAAGGAGGAAAGAGCUGAAAAACAACCCAACACCCAAGGCAACCAAGUCGAAUUGCCGGUAACAGCAGCAGCCCAAUUGGUGGGAAAAUACAAGCAUCUUGAAAAACGGAAACUGAUUUCGGCUUUCGAAGCAGAGACUUUCCGAAAGCAACCCAUAGAAAUGAUGCCGUCGACUUCAAAACUCUAUCUUUGGUUCAUUGGUUUGCUUUUCAUAGGAAGUGCUAUCUUAAUGAUUGCAGGGGCUGUUAAUGAGUUUAAGAACGGCAGUCCAUGAUUCUCAUGGAAGUUGCAGCCGUGGUUAGAAAUUAACAAAGGGGUCUGCUAGUGCAAGUAACAUUUAGUUUGCUUUCAUGUAUUUUAUUUUGGUGAUUGAUGUUCCUGUGUCUAACUCUUCUUAACUUUUGGAAGGGGCAUAGUUUCCCGAUUAUGUAAUGCUGUUAGUCAUCAGGGGAAUUGAUUAUUGAAUCAACUUCUUGCUCUACAAAAAAUGGGUCUGCUAGUGAAAGUUAGCCGCAAGAGGCUGGGACUCAAAUCUAUCCACAAUAAAUGUAAUUGGUUCUUUAUAAUUAAACCAAUGUCCAUUUCCUUCA